CAGUCUCCGGGAGGUAAAUGUGGGAGGAUUCUGGCUAGGGAUGGGACCGUAAGUCAUGUCUUCUGUGGCGUGGAUGUCGGGCUUGACGUUAUGGAAGAUGUCGAUGGCAGGCUAUUUCCAGGGCCUACAUGAGCAAUGCAUCAUCAAGAUGAGUCCACAGUGACCAUCAUGUGUAAAGCGACCAUCUUUGAAUUUUCCCUUCUGGUUAGUUCUGCCAUUUCCAGUAAGGCUUCCCGAUUAAGCCCGGUGCGUCCAAAACAGAGACAACAUAUUUUUCAUCAAAACCCAUCCUCUCCAACAAUGGCUCAAUUAUCUCAGCGCAUAUUGCGAUGUGCUUUCUCUGACAAUCUUAAGAAUGUGUUCCACAUAGAUUCUACCCUUGGUGUUGACAUUAUUGAGGAUAUCAGAGAGAGGAUUUGGAUGAAGCACCCCAAUAAGCUCGCUCAGAUUCUUUACACAGAACUCAAACUCUACAGUCCUGUUAACCCAGUCAAAGACGGUCUCAUGAAGGAGAAUCCUGUAUUCCUUUGUCCACGCCAACAGAUUUCAUCCGACUUUCCUCAAUCCAGCGAUCCAAAAAUUGAUAUAAUUAUUCGUAAACCAAGCCCAAGGAACAUUCCCCAGACUAUUCGACAAGCUUUCCUCAAGGAUUGCCAUAUAAACCACCUCGUCCACUUGUCGGAGAUGAAGGCACACAAUGGGAGUAUCGGUCACAUUAAAAAUUAAAAGGACGAGUACAAUUUGGAUUAGAAGAUUAUUUUUCAGCAUACCUUCAAGACUCAACAUGUAAGGUCAAUACCUCAUUGUACCUUUUCCUGGGCGGGGUUGGGACAGGGAAGUCAAGGAAUGCCAUGGAGUUCUCAAACACAUUGAUAUCGUGUCCUGACAAGGAUUCU